AGUUGCCCGAAGCGGUUUACGAAAUGAGUCUCAGCUUUCUGCUGAAAACCUUCCAUGGCUAUGGCCUGGGCAUGGGCCUGCUGCCGGCACCACUGCGCCUGGACCUGGACUGCAUUCAGUUCAGUAAGCGAUCGCAUCAACGUCGCUGCUACCUCGCAUACACGGCCUGUCUGAAUGUGCUGCUCAUUGUGCUGCUGCCCUUCACUUUUCCGGAGUUUAUGUACGAUGAGAGCUACAUGAGUGACAGGCUGCUGCUGCAGUGGGCGUGGAAUCUGACGAACGUUACACGGAUAAUGGCGAUGCUUUCCUGCGGCUAUCUGACGUGGACGAAGAGGAAACCGCUGCUGCAGUUGGGCGAGCGCUUGGCGAGGCAUUACCACAGAUGCCGCCGACUGGAGAGCGGCGCAUUGCGUGCCUCGUGCUACAUAGCGCUCCAGAGAAGGAUUCGCGGUCUGCUGCGUCAGCAAUUGUUUGUCCUGAGUCUCAGCACAGUGUCCGCCACGCUACUGCUGAUGCGCAUCGAUACGGAUUCCAAGUUCAGCAAUCUCACUAUGGUGGUCGUCCACAUUAUGCAGUACGUGUACGUGGUCAUCAUGAUGACCGGGCUGUAUGUCAUCUGUUUGCUCCUCUACUGGCAGAUGGAGCGCGUGAAUCUUGCCCUGAAGGAUCUCUGCUCGCGACUGCACCACGAGGAGCGCAACGCACUGCUGCUGUCCGCUUCGCUGGCCAGGCACACGCUCCACACCUUGGAGCAUCUCUUCCAGCUGCACUGCGAGGGCCAGCGAUUGAUGCGGAGUCUGUUUAGCAUCUUUGAUGUGACCAUUGCCUUUCUGAUGCUCAAAAUGUUUGUUACAAAUGUGAACUUGAUGUAUCAUGCCGUACAGUUUGGCAACGACUCCGUGGCGACCAGCGGCGUCACCAAGCUGUGGGGCGAGUCGGUGAUUCUCACCCACUACUGGAGUGCGGUGCUCCUGAUGAACCUGGUCGAUGAUCUGACGCGGCGAAGUGGCUUCGAAACAGGGGAAAUUCUGCGUCAAUUUAGCGAUCUGGAGCUGGUCAAAAGAGAUUUUCAAUUGGAGUUGGAGCGCUUCUCUGAUCACUUGCGUUGCCAUUCCACGGCUUACAAAUGCUGCGGCCUUUUUGUGUUCAACAAGCCAUCGAGCAUGAUUUACUUUUUUUCAGCGCUGGUAAACGUUUUGGUGCUUUGUCAAUUUGAUUUGUAAAACAGCGUCUUGGAAAUUUCUGGAACAAUAAAAGCGCGGCAGCAACUCAGCUGUUAACACCUCCUGCAGGCAAAAGCGAG